GUGAUUGGUUGUGCUCGGACAUAGUAUACAGAGACGACCGCCAUAGUUUGAACACCAGUAAUCUGCAGUUUCCAAUUUUAAAAUGAAUACUGCUGAAGGAGAAGCGGAAUGCAAGCGCCUGGAGCAGGACUUUGAAUUGGUGAGAGACAAGUUUAUCAAUGAAGACUCAUCAGAGAAGCUUGUUGAAGACGUUCUUAAAAAUCAUGAGUUGACGAUAAAAAGAGUACAAGAAGACAUGGAAGCACUGGGAGAUGCCCAUAAAGCACUGAAACAACAAGCAGAAAGUAACCAACAAGUUAUUCAGGAUAAAAGAGACAGGUUAAACAUUCUGAAACAAAACAUUGAGAAACUCAAAGUAGAAAAUCAGAGAGUUAUGAUGGAGAAUGAAGGUAAACAGAAGAUAUUUGGUGAACAGACUAGAAGAAAUACCAAGGAAAAUGAGCUUGUGCAAACCAGGACAAAAGUGGUGAAGUCAAGAGCUGAAGAACUGGAGAGAGCUGCAGAGUAUUUUCAAGACAGACUGGCACUGGAGUUCAAAAAAUUAAGUGGUGAACGAAUGCAAAUUAUUUUCACUAACAUUGACCCUGAUCAGCAAGAUAAAAAAUAUGUGAUAACAGUCAAGAUUACUGAAAACCAAUAUGAAGUUACGGAAUGUGAUCCUGCCGUGGAAGGACUUGAUGAGAUGGUGGUGAAGUUAAACAAGACCAGCCACUUCUCAUUAUUUAUCAUCAAUCUCAGGAGAAAAUUUCGGGAAAUGGUGUAAAGAAUGUGAUAUUUCAUAAGCUGGAUAGUUCGCACAUAGACCAUUGAAAAGAAUUGUGUAAAUUGCUUGUCAGUGUGAUUGUGAUGAAUAAAUGAUAAUGCUUGUGCAGACUCAUCUAAAUUUAAACUGUAAUUAUAAAGCAUCUGAAUACACACACACAAAUAAGGCCAAUGGUAAUCCAUGUUAAAACCCUCUUAUCUAGGUUUUGUAGGAAGAGAAAAUUAUGAAAAAGUCAAAUGUUGCUUUUGGGACAUAUUCGAAUAUAUUUAUUAGCAGCAUCUUUGUCUUCACGCCUUCCUUCAUGAUUGCGAAAUAGUAAAGACUCUGUGGUUGAAGAAAAUGUUGGCAAGCAAGGUGUCAUUCCACACAAAACAUCCACUCAUCACAUCCACCUUAUAAACGCAAAAGGAUAGAAAGAAAUACUACCUGGUUAUUUAUUACUAAGCUAGAUAUUUUUUUCACAAAUGUAGUCCCAACAACUAAAAGGAUGGUUGUAAAAUAACUUUUUAAUGCAUCGUGAGUAUUGUAUACUCAUCAUACUUUUGUUUGUCCCUAUACUGUUUUUGGAUUGUACAGCUUUUGAAUAUAACAUUUAGUCUAUAUACUAUAUAUAUAUAUAUAUAUAUAUAUUAAGGUAAAUAUUUCUUAAUCGGUGAUGUCAUUAUGGACAUUGCCCCCUCCCAAUAUGUGUGUCUCCUCAUGUUUUUCUAGUAACCCUGAUUUAGUCUAUGCACAAUGACAUGUUUUGAUAAUUAGUAUAUUACACAACCUCUACUUAAGUUGAAUAACAUUAUGGCUUGUAUGAUGUAUUGAUUGCUAUAUUAUGGCUAUAAAAUAAAUUGUUAACAAUGUAUUAUAUGAAUUUUGUAAUUUUAUUAAAAAUACUUAGUAUUUUUAUCUUUUUUUUCAAAAGAGUGAAAGCUACAGUUGUAUGUUUUUGGCGCUUGUGUUGCAAGGCAUGGAAUGGCAAUGUGUGUUUGUUAGAAAUUAGCUAAUUUUUAAAGUUUUUAAGAAUAUUGAUUUCAUGAAAUUCAUUCUUACUCUUUAGAUUCUUCCACACAUGAUUGUUGAAUGAUGUAACUGGUGUGAGCUUCAUGAUUUGAAUGAAUGAAUGAACAAGUCUUUAGCAUGCCAUUGUUUUAACACUAUGUCUGGUAAUCAACUGUAAUUAGUGUAUAUGGUAUGAAUGUUUCCUUGCAUGGAAUGCAUGGAAUAUUCCUAAUGACACAAGUUUCUGUUGUUUGACAUCAAUCUUGUAGCAUUUCUAAAUCUUUUUAUUUUGUUACUUAAGCACUUAAAUUUACUAUCAAAGGUAUAUAAAUACAUAUAUUAAUUAAUAAAGAUAUUUGAAUCAAUA